AACUGUGAUCUACUAUCCAGUAUCAAAAACUGGAAAUGAUCUACCACACUCUCCCAUUGUCAUUCUUCAACUUAAACAUAUUAUAUUUGACUGGGGAAACCCAGCCAGAUGGGUGGGGUAUAAAUAAUAAAUUAUGAUGGUGAUAAAAAUAAUAACAAAUUAUUACCCCCACACCAGGCCCCUCCCAGGGCCCUUGGUGCACGUGGGAAGCCAAAAUGUUCAACUUCCCCUUUUCCAGACGAAGAGGUCCGUGGGAAGAGGGGGUGUGGCUUACAUUCAUGUAAACACAGCUAGGCUGGAGCUGGAAAGGUGGGGAAAGUUCAGCACUCACGCAGAACUAAGAUGGAGAGUGGAGGGGCGUGGGACCUGGCAUUUUCUUUCCACAGGAACCAGUAGGAGGGGUGUCAUUGUCUCUCUUGUGCGCCGCACUUCCCUUGGCUCACUCUGCAGCACUACAGCCCUUGCGGAGCAUGUGUGCCUCAUUGUCAACCCCACCUCCUUGCCCCGGGACUGUGGCUUGCAGGGGGCAGAGGCAGGCACCUCACAUGUUUCUGGAGCCAGCUAGCUGACUGGGCGUCGGAAAAGCCGGCAGCCAGAGCAGGGCGCUUGAGGCGGCCGCAAGGAGGCGGAGGCAGCACCUGCGCCAGCCAGAGCUCUUGCUGCGGCGGUGGUGAGCAAGCCUAGCUAAGUACAGGGCAGCUGCUGGGAGAGGGCGGUGGGCAGAGGUGACGAGGCCUUGGUCAUGCUCGACCAAAAUCCAUCCCGCGAUUGACACAUUGGACAUGUCUGGGCUACAUGAUCCUAAGGGUCCCUACCAAUUCUAUGAUUCUAUGAUUUUGUAAAAUCCAGUGGAAAUCCAAUGUUUCUGAAUACCAGUUGAUAGGAAUCAGAAAAAGGGAAAGCACCGAAGUCUUAACAGUAGGCUUCCCAGUUUGGCCACUUUGGGAAGAAGAUGCUGAACUAGAUUGGCCUUUCACCUGACAUAGCAGGGCUUUUUAAGUUCUGAUGCUCUGUAAUUACGCUUUCAUGCAUUCCCACCCACCAUCUUCCUUCUCCAUUCUGUUCCAUCAAUCAGCUAAGCUCCACCCACAUUCUAAAAGUAAAUCUACGGAGUGUUGCUAUGGUCAGAAUCAUCCUCCUGCUCUAGUUAGCAUGCAGCUUUAUUUCCACCACCAUUCCAGACCAAAAGGGAUUGUCAUGAAUGACAGGCAUUAGUACAGCACUCUAGUGAAUUCUUUCACCUCUCAGGGAAAAUGACUAACCGCCACACAUGGCAACUGGUGCUGAUCUCAUGGAAUGUUUUGUGUGAGACUACAGGUCAGAAACCACCACAAGGCUUUAUGUAUGCCUCUUACGAGGUGAUCAUCCCAAGAAAACUAGUCCCUAGGUAUGGACAAGAACAUCAUGAUGUCACCUACCUACUGCAGAUUGAGGGGAAAGGCCAUGUAGUUCAUCUCAAGCAGAACAGGGGCUUUGUCCCUAAACACCUCCCUGUCUUCACUUACAGUAAGGAGGGAGACCUUCAGGUGGACUAUCCUUUCAUCAGAGAUGACUGCUUCUACCAUGGCUUUGUACAAGACAAGCCUUCCUCAUGGGUCACCCUCAGCACUUGUUCAGGGGGCCUCAGGGGUCUGCUGCAUUUAGAAAAUGACACCUAUGAAAUUCAGCCUGUGCAGAGAUCUACUUCUCAACAUGUGAUGUAUAGGUUGGAAGAAAUAGAGGGUGCUGCACGUAUGACGUGUGGGUUAACAGAAGAAGAGCAAAGGCAUCAAGAGACCAUGAUCCAAAAAACAGAGAAUAUAGUGGCUAGGGGUGCUCCAGAAGGAGGUUGGUGGACACACACCCGUUACGCAGAGGUUGCAGUUGUUGUGGAUUACGAAAGAUAUGUGAGAAUUGAUAGAAAUGAAACUGUUGCUGCUAUGCGAGUUCUAGAUGUCAUUCAUGUUGCUAAUUCAUUAUAUGAGCCACUUGGUGUCGUUGUGACUCUUGUUGGAUUGGAGAUUUGGUCAGAAAAGAACCUCAUUGUGAUUGAUAACAACAUUUACACCCUGCUUUCCAAUUUCAAUGACUGGAGAACAAACACCCUAAAUAAACAUCUAGAGAAUGAUGCUGCUCAUUUAUUUGUAUAUAAGGGCUUUGGACGUACGCGAGGAUUAUCAUAUUUAGGAACAAUCUGUUGGACUGAUCGGGCAUGUGGUGUUGAAUCAUAUGUUGGUUAUAGUUUGUCUGAUUUUUCUAAUACAUUUACUCAUGAAUUAGGACAUAAUCUUGGCAUGCAACAUGAUUCAAAAUACUGUACUUGUGAACGACAUGCCUGCAUUAUGGCUGCAGCUCAGGCAAACACUGAUAAGUUUAGCAACUGCAGUUAUCAGAAUUAUUUUGAGCUAAGGAACACUCCAUGUUUGUUAAUCCCACCAGAGCCUGAUAAAAUGUAUAAACUCAAACACUGUGGUAACAAAGUAGUGGAAGAUGGAGAGCAAUGUGACUGUGGUUCACCAGAUCAAUGCAAGUUGGAUCCAUGUUGCCAGUCUAAUUGCAUGCUGCGCCCAGGUGCCACUUGUGCUUUUGGACGGUGUUGUGCUGAGUGUCAGUAUCUUCCAGCUCAUUAUGUCUGCAGACAAGAGGUUAGCAGCUGUGAUCUUCCUGAGUACUGCAAUGGGACUUCAGAGUGGUGUCCUAAAGAUGUUUAUGUACAAGAUGGCACCCCGUGUAGUGAUGGUGUAUACUGCUAUCAUGGAAAUUGCACAACUCACAGUGAGCAGUGCAAAAUGAUCUUUGGCAUGGAAGCAACAGCUGCUUCAAAGGCUUGCUUCAAUGAACUGAAUGGUCGAGGGGAUCGCUUUGGCAACUGUGGCCUUAGAGAUGGAACCUAUAAGAAAUGCAGUGCUAAGAAUAUCCUAUGUGGAAAAAUCCAGUGUGAAAAUGUUUAUAAACUACCUUCUUUGGAGGAACACAGCACCCUAGUUAAUACACCCAUUGGCAAUAGGAAAUGCUGGAGUACAGACUACCACAGUGGAAUGGAGAUACCUGAUAUUGGAGCAGUGAGAGAUGGGACUCCUUGUGGCACUGACAUGAUAUGCAUUAAUAGGCAGUGCAAGAGUGUAUCCCUCUUGAACUAUGAUUGUAAUUUCACAAAGUGCCACCGUAGGGGUAUAUGCAAUACUCAUAAACAUUGUCAUUGUGAUUAUGGCUGGGCCCCUCCAAACUGCCUCUCUAAAGGCUUUGGUGGCAGCAUUGAUAGCGGGCCUCCACCACGAGGUAACAUUCUGGAUCAUAGCAAUCUCAGUGCAGGAUUAACAGAAGUAAUUGGAUUUGUUGUUCUGCUACUAUUGUUGUUGUUGGUCUGGAUAUUUAUUUCAGGAACGGACUGAGACUGAAGUUCUUACAUUUAAGUAGAAGAGUUUGUCAAGCACAAAAAAGAAGAAAUUCUGAAAUGGAUCACAGAAAUGAACAAUUGGCAGUGUGCCAGAUACAGAACAAACAAUAGAUUGUACUAUGUAGAUAUACAUUCAAUUUGCUAAGUUUUUGAUUAUUUUAAAAAAUCUUUUCAUUAAAUUUUCCUCCUAGGCACUCUAGGUUGUGAAAAUCUUGGUUUUCUCAACAGGGGAGAAUUACGUUAUAUGUUGAGCCUCACUACACCCAGGGCUUUUUUUUCCAUCUGCAACUCACCAAAACUUAGUUCUGGCACCUGUCAGGUGGGUGCCAUUGCCAUUCUUAGAGAAUGAGAGAGACAUUCAUAGUGAGUUCUGGCACCUCUUUUUCUAGGAAAAAUAGCACUGCCUCUACCUCAUGGAUUUAGAAGCUGUGAUAGUCUAAGUAUUGUUGGAUAACAACCCCUAUUAGCCCCAGUCAGCACUGACAAUGUUCAGGGAUGAUGGGAACCAUUUCCAACAACAUCUAGAGGGCCACAGGUUUUUUAAUUGGGUGUAUGUGUGUUAAACACUGAGCAGAAUUCUAGUUCCCAAAUAAGAACCCAUUCUUAAGGAAGUGUGUGGAUUUUUAAAGCACCCAGGGGGUCCCACCACUGAAGGAGGAAAACCUUUAAAUAUUUUAAUCAUGCUAUGUCCAUAUUUACCAAGGCAACUGAGUGACUUUCUCUGGAAAUCAUCUGCCUGCCUGUCAGCUGUUUCCCCUAGUUGCCUGUAUGAGAAGGAAGGAGGAUGGGAGCCAGUCAGGCAAGUAUGUGUCUCCUGUGGCUGAGUUCCAUCCCUUUCCACCAAUAGUAGGCCCACCAUUUCACUGCAUUCCAGAUUCCCUUUUUUCCCUUCCCAGAAUCCUAAUUUCCCUUCCAGGCCAAUUAGAAGGGGAUGAGGAGGGUGGGGAUGGAGCAGCCUGCAGGGGGAACAGGCCAAGGAAAAGGAAGCAGUGUUAUCAACUUACCUUGUCUUCCUUCUCCUCUCUGGUCCAAAGAUUGGAGUGGGUGGCCAAGCUGCUCCCCUACCCAUCCAACAUUUCUCAGACAAAAGUAUGGAUGCUUCUGUGAAACCGUAGGAGAUUGAGCCCAUAAGUGCAGGAGGCAGGAUUAACACAACGACCUCCUGCUUUUUCGCCUGAAAAACAUUUGAAGUCUAAACUCUGCACAUGGACAGUGGGAAUUUAUCAAUUCUACAACUUCUGCUACUUGUUUUGAAAGGAAUGUUAAGCUCUUGUGAGCUUCAACUAUCUGUCUCUUCAUUGUAAAUUCAAACAAGCACAUUUCUUUGCUUCUGGUGAAGUUUCC